AUGGCCGACGCCACAUCGGAUGCGCCCGAGAUCGAGGCGGAGACGGUUGGGCGGAUGUCGGUGAGCGCGUACGAUGACACCUACGGCGCGAGCGACAAGGCGCAAAAGGCGCUGGCCGUCGCCGUCGACACGGCGCAGGCGGCAAUCGACGACAUCCAGCAGAAGGCCUCAACACUCAAGGACAAGUCUGUCCCCACCAAGGCAUUCAGCAAGGCCUUUGCGACAGCGAACAGCGGCCUUGAACAGCUGACGGAGCUCGCCAACAAGUACGAUGAGGAGCACAAGCUGAAGGAGAAGGUGCUUGCCACGAUCGAGGGCCCACGCGAGAAGGCGAUGGCGGCGCUGGCCGAGGCGUCGGCGCACGCCUCCUCGGUCUCGGCUGCGGCCACUGCAGCGCUACAGGGCGUGCGCGACGGCAUUCAUGCGCGCUCUAGCGGCAUUGCAGCAAACAGCGCCUCGUUCAUCUUCUCAACGGCCGCCAAGGUGGACGACAAGUACCACAUCGCAGACAAGGCGGGCGAUGGCCUCUUCGCUCGCGGGAGCAAGGGUUCGUUGACGUCUCGCCCCGGCUCUCUUGCGCGCGCCGAGGAGUACGGCCUCGCGGAGAAGACCUCAAAGCUGGUGGAGACUCUCGACAAGGAGUAUCUCAACGGCAAGGUGGCGCCCAUCGCGCACGCAGCAUACGAAGCUGCCACGUCGAUGCUAACCACCGGGUCGGAGUAUAUCAAAGCGGGCCUGGAGGAGGCGCGCGGUGGCGAGUCCGCGCCUGAGGCUGCGCCGGACGACGAGGCGACAACGACGACGAGCGCGUGA